CGUUAUAAAUAUAUAUAAAACCCAAAAGACCAAACCCCCCAUUUCCCAAACCGCUAUAUUUUUUUUCCCUUCUAAGUUUCCUACCUCAUCAGCUCAAACUCAAAAGCUUCCAAAGUUUUCAAACCACACAUGCUCUUCGGACCAUAUCAUGGCGGUCACACCCCGAGAUGAUUCCGAUUACGACAGCAGCUGUUCAUCGUCGAUAACAAUACCGGAUUCAACCCGGAGCUGGAUGAGCAACCUCAGCAGCCUCGGCAGCCGUCGCCGGAGCUCCGUCUCCCUUUGCUCCUCCACCGACACCGGCUACUUCGCCAAUGGCCACAAGCCGCACAAGGCGAACCAAGCCGCUUGGGAAGCCAUGAAGCGGCUCAGGUGCGAGAAGGGCCAAGUCGGGCUGGACCAUUUCCGGCUCCUCCGCCGGCUCGGCAGCGGCGACAUCGGGAAUGUUUAUCUCUGCCAGAUAAGGAACCCGAUGGUCGGCUUGCAGCCGUGCUUUUACGCCAUGAAAGUCGUGGACAGAGAAGCGCUAGCCAUAAGGAAGAAGCUAAUGAGAGCUGACAUGGAGAAAGUCAUUUUAGCCAUGCUUGACCAUCCUUUCUUGCCAACGUUGUACGCUGACUUUGACGCUUCUCAUUACUCUUGUUUAGUUAUGGAGUUUUGUCCCGGCGGCGAUUUGCAUGCUUCCCGGCAACGCCAGCCGGGGAAACGAUUCAGCAUUUCUUCAGCCAAGUUUUACGGUGCGGAAACACUGUUAGCAUUAGAGUAUCUUCACAUGUUGGGAAUCGUUUAUAGAGAUCUAAAGCCAGAAAAUGUGUUGGUGAGAGAAGACGGACACAUAAUGCUAUCAGAUUUCGAUCUUUCACUCAAAUCCGAUGUCGUACCAAAGGUGAUAAAAUCCAAGGUUUGCCCCGAAUCUUUGGUCGGUAAAAAUGGCACAAUGACAAAAUGCUCGACCCCAUCUUGCGCGUUGCCCAUACAGCCUGUUCUUUCCUGUUUCUCAACAUCCAACAAGAAAAAAGUUGGCCACAGGAAAACUCGUCCAGUUCCAUUACAACAAGACGACGAAGAAGGAGGAGGAAAAGAUCAAGACCUUGAAAGCAACAAGUCGGGUUCGGGUUACGCCCACCAAUACCAACAAGAGUACAACACCGAGUUGGUGGCGGAGCCCAUCAACGCCCGAUCCAGAUCAUUCGUGGGCACCCACGAGUAUUUGGCUCCGGAAGUGAUAUCGGGUCAGGGGCAUGGCAGUGCUGUAGAUUGGUGGACUUUUGGGGUGUUUUUGUACGAGCUUUUGUAUGGAAGGACCCCUUUCAAAGGGGAGAAUAAUGAGAAGACACUGUUCAAUAUUCUCAAACAGCCCCUGAGUUUUCCGAGAAUUUCCGUGAGUACCACCAAAGAGUAUGAAGAAUUGCUCAAAGCCCAAGAUUUGAUUUGCAAAUUAUUGGUGAAGAACCCCAAGAAGAGGAUUGGAAGUUCAAUGGGGUCAGCUGAAAUCAAGAGGCAUGAGUUCUUUAAUGGUGUUAACUGGGCUCUGAUCAGGUCGGUCCGGCCGCCGGAAGUGCCUAAAGAUCAUCUUCACCAAAAGAUUAGGAAUAACAGAGUUGUGAAUAUUCCUAAAUUGAGCAAGAAGGAUAGAGAUGCACCUUAUCAAAUUCCUGAUCAUCAUUUUGAUUACUUUUGAGGGUUUUUUUUUUUUUUUUCAUUUUUUGGUUCUGUAAAUAAUUGAUUUUUGAAGGUAAGUUUUGCAAGUUAAUUAGUACUAGUAGUAGUAGUAGUAGUUCUGAUCAUGUAUCCUUAUCGACAACAAAUAGCUAUAUAUUUAUAAGCUAUUUGUCUGUUAAUUAGUUAUACAUUCUUAAGUUUUUUCUCAGCUAACAAAUCAUGUUAAUGAGUUAGUGACAGAUUUGUAUUUUGAUUAGUGGAAGCAGCUUAUAUGAUGUAUGUACUAAUCAGUAAUAGUAAUAUAUCUUUCUCCUUC